AUGGCAGAAUCGUGGCACAUUCCGCGAGCAUCACUCGGAUCAAUAUCCAACUCGUCCGCAUCCAUUGCCAACAGUUCCAAAAGUGGCGGAAGCCGGAAAAAUAGUAGCACUAGCUCCCAUCCACCGCGACGCUCGAGUUUAGAUGAAACGAACAAAAGUUACACGAAUCGCGGGUACCAAGGACGUUCAGAUCGCUCGGAUUCGGGGUCGAUGCGAUCUUCCGAGGCACCAAGUCGGUCGCGUCGAGCUUCGAGAGACGUAAUUUCUGGUGGGGGCGGCAAGUCUCGCAUGGACGAGUUGCAAAAGCGAUUUGAUGAGGCCACAAAUAGUAGAACGACGGGAAUUAAACGCGGCUCACGAUCAUCUCAGGGAUCAACAGAUAGUAAUCAUAGUUCACACAGCGCAUCUUCCGGUUCUCUCCUACUAACAGCCGCAAAUUUGGAGAACUUUGCUCGCAUCCAUCACAAUCAACACAAGAAACCAAUCAGUCCGUACAUCAAGGAGGAGGAUUGCAACGAAAUAAGCGCCUACCAAGCGAAUAUCACGAUGAAUCCCGAUGUGGGGCGCAGCGAAAAGGGAGGACGCGUACCCGAUAUCGACACAAUCACCAUCGACAUACCGUCCGACGUGUUCCGCUCGAAACUCACACGAAACGCCAAAGAUUUUGACUCCAUUUCCCUGGCCAGUUCCACGCAUUUUACUGUCGUCAACGGCAUCGGACGACCCCCGAAGGUACCGAAGAGCGGUUUGUGUGAUCGAGGACACCAAAUUACGGUGCUGAUUGUAACAAUGAGUAUUUUUUUCAUGAUUGGCAUAUCGCUGGCAGUCUACUUUAUGGAGAUGCGAGCCCGCGAGAUGCCCUACUAGAGACAAUAAAAUUAAUUUAAGAUUCUCCUACGGAAAAUUGCAGGAAUUUCUUUAACUUUGCGAAUCUCUUAAAAUGUAUUUCUUCAUAUUAUUCUUACACUUACACUCCUAUUUUUUAAAGAGUUUUGAUUUUAACGUGUGUUUAAGUUAAGGCAAUUAAAUUGAAAAUAUUAUUUUACUGUGAUAUAAAUUGAAAAAAUAAGCAAAAUUAACACAAAAAUAAAUUAUUUGAAAAAAAUCUCGAAUUUGUUUUAAAAAAUUUUUUAGACGACAAGAUCAGUUUUUUUCGGGUCUGGAAAACAAGUCGGAGUAAAUUU